AAAUAAAAAAUGCAAUUGAUAUUAUUAAAAUGAUUAUGAAUCAAGCAACAGAUGAUCAAACUAGAAAAAAAUACCAAUAUCUUAAACAAAUUUUAUUAACUAAUCAAGAAUGGGAUAUUUUAAAAUCUUUAGUAAAAAUUUUAUUAUCAUUUGCAGAAGCUACAACAUUUUUAGGAUCAAGUAAAUUUUCUAUAGUAGAAACACCUUUUGAUGACAAUAUUAAUUUUGAUGAUAUUAAUUUUGAUGAAUUAUUGGAAAAUGAAUUAGAUAGUAAUAGUUUAGAAGAUUAUAAUUUUGUAGUAGAAAAAAAAUUUCUAACUCACAAUGAAUUAUUAUUUAGUUUAUUGAAUCCUCAACAUAAAAAGCUUGAAUUUAUCUCUAAAUCUGAACAAAAAUUAACUAAAGAUAUUUUGAUAAAAUUAUAUAAUGAUGAACAAAAUAAU